ACGACGCGGUAGCGUCACGCCCUUGGGUUAAAACGAAGGGAGGAGGCGCGUCCCGAAGGUCCUGGUUUCAUUCCGAUUGGAUCCGCCUCUGCCCAUCCUGGUACAAAGGGGCUCCAAAAGAGAGUCCUGUGCCGGCAAAGAUGGGCCGAGGAAGUCGUUUGCAGGCGUGGGCGAAAUGGCUGCUUCUGCUGAAUAUGCAGGUCUUUCCGGCCUCAGCUAUGCAGACAGUGAGUAUGGUUGACUUCUGUGGCAAGACCCUCCACGGGGACGGGAUGGUGUUAACCUCCCACCGAGACUCCCGACGCUACUACUUUGUGGUCCCGGACACCGACUGCCAGCUCACCCUGCAGGCGGCCUCCCCAAAAGACCAGGUCCAGUUCCAGUUUCGCUUCUUCCUGGUGUACAGCAUGCUGCGCUCCCCUUCCAGCACGCCGCCCAGCACUCCCCAGGACCACCGGGUCCCAGCUUCUCCCCGGGAGCCCCUCAGGGGCCCUUGCUCAACAGGCUCCUACUUGCAGUUCUAUGAUGGGAGCGACCAGAUGGCCAAGUCCCUUGGGGCACCCUUGUGCGGAAAGACCAUCCCCAGGCCUGUCCUCUCCACCGGCCCUUUCCUGACCUUGCGGCUGCUGACUCGAGGCCAGCAGCCUCGGGUGGACUUUGUGGGGCACUUCACCUCCCUCCGAACAGGCCUGAACGCCUCCACUUGCCAUGCAGAGUUGUAUUUCCCCUGCCGCAACGGCAAGUGCAUCCCUCCCUUCUUGGUGUGCGAUGGGGGCAUGGUGGACGACUGUGGAGAUGGCACCGACCAGCCGGCCCAGCCCCCAGCCUGGUGUGAAGGUUCACCAACACUUUUGCCAGUGCUGCCUUCUGAGGCUGCUCCAGCCGUUAGUGUUUGGCCAACGCAAGCAACCCGCACGGGACAGCAGGAGACCCCUCUGCCGCCCCCAGGCGUGCGCACCUGGGACCAGACAGGCAAAUGCAAACUGCUUCUGGCCUCCUUGGCUGCUGUCUUGGGUGUUGUCCUGCUGUUUUGGUGCUGCUGGAACCCUGGCUGGUUUGUUUGGAGAGUUGGUGCCUGCAGGCAUCUACGGGGGUGCAAUUCCGUCUGUGCCGCCUGCCACCUUUGCACACGCAGCUGCACCCAGCGGGCGACUGCCAAGGUCAUCCCGCAUGGAACCACCGAACCACCGGUGUGAUGGUCUUUUUCUCUGGCAAGUUGACUGAGAGCGUAGUCACAUCCCAGUUUCAAAAUUCAGGACAGAAGGAGGCAGAGAAGGCACGGGGCCAAACAGGUCAUGAAUAAACUUCCAGCAGAGACACUGGAUAAUAAGAAUACUUGCUUCUUUUUUCAGUACAUUUUUUGGAAAUGAAGAGUCCCCAGAGAUGAGAGAGGGGAAUGACUCUUCAGGACAUGGACCUCCUUUUCUGCUCCGGGUUCCCUGGCCCUCCCUAGAGAACCUCAGUCCCUUUAAGCGAACAGACAGCUUACACAUACAGCUUUUUGCACAGCAAAACUGGCAGAGUUCUGUGGCAUCUGAAAGGCUAGUGAGCUUUCCAUGGCGCUUGUUCACUUUGUUAACACCUGAUGCACUGGGUGGCAGCCCAUGAAAGGUGGUGGCAAAUAAAAUA